UGCUGGAGUACAGUCAGAUUUUUGUUUGCUAGUUGCAGCAAAGUUGACAGGUUAAUCAUCUGCUUCCUGUAUAAUGCUGAAUGUAAAGCCAAGGUGGACUGCAGGGAGAUUUCUCUACUUAAAUGAAUAAGUGACUGCUGUGAAAAAUCAAAAGUAACAAUGCGUUGUGGGGCAUUUCUCUUUCUAAUUGGAGCUGUGCACAUUUGUUUACAGGUCAUUGCAGCAGAAAAUGUCUACAUUGCGGAGCUGAUGGUGGAAAGUAACGUCACACUUGAGGCCCAGACCCUCUUGUCAGCUUGGAAUAAAACUGACCUUCAAGUGAACCAAACCAUCACAGUGACCGUCUCAACCCCUGAACUGGUAGCAGAGUGCCGGAUUGUUGGAGAUGAAUCAACCUGCAACUGCAGUACUGGGUACAUUUGGAGCAAUGAAGUGUGCUACAAUUACAACUGUUGCCGUGAAACUUCUUGCACACAAAAUGUGUCCCACAUUACACCACUCUGCGUUGCCAAAGUCAAAGUUCGCAUUACUGGAUCAGUAACAAAAGGCACUUGGGAUUCAUCCAUAGAAGGCAAGCUUGAAGCUGAAUUUGGAAGGCUGAAUGGCUUUGAGUUCCUGAAUGUAACUGAACUGAGGUCAGGAAACACAGUUGCCAACUUUGAGGCAGCUGUCAGCAUCAAAUUGAAGACUUCUAAACUUCAAGAGACUGUGAAAAAUCUGGAAACCAAACUUAAAGCUGCUGUUCAGGUCGAAACUGAAGGAAUGGUCACCAUAGAGUCCCCAGAGUCUGCAGUGUGCUACGAGUCUGAGCCUGAACUGAAAUGCACAUUGGAGGAGAAGACAGACAGCAGUGGCUGGAACAUGAGCAGGCAAGAUAGUCGCUUUGAGCUCAGCGAGGGCAGCGUGGUGAAACUGAACCACACAUGUACCACAAAGGAAAACAUGUCUUGUGUUGCAGUCAAACUCCAGAAGGUGACAGGCAUCUGGGCAGGCUUAUACGAGUGCGGAUUCACCAAGGGGUCAGUCAGGCACACAGCCAAGACAGAGCUGAAAGUGGCACUCCUACCUGAUGAGAUCACCAUGAUGAUCAACCCUCUUACAACAGACUGUAGCACUGAACAGAAUUUGUCUCGAAAUAUAAUGGCCAAUGCCACCAUCCUUAAAAGCAACGAGACCUAUAAAGUUCUGUGGACCUACAUGAAUAAAACUCAGUCUAUUUCAAAUAUCAUGACUGUUGGAGAUAAUCUGGUCUAUACUGUUAAUGUUUCUGUCAACUGCAUUAGCCCUAAACAAAGUGUUAAUAUCACUUUUAAGAACACGAAGAACCAAGAAAAAUCUGCAAGUGUGGAUAUCCCAGUAAUUUAUGAUAGUGACAAAAUUUGCAGUGACGAGAACCCUUGGCCAAAAACUCCAGCCGGAGCCACAGUGACAAUUCAAACAUGUACAGAGGACAGGGUUGGCAAUAAGUCACGCACUUGUGGUCAGAAUUCUGUUUGGCAGUCGGUGAUCUCCAAUUGCGUCAGUAAAGAGUUGAACAAAGUGUUAAAUUCUGCAGAUAACUUUGCAAAGGGACUUGGGGCUACACAGAAGGAGGCCAAGAAUAUAUUUGAAGGACUUAAGAACAGCUCUACAUUAAAGUCUGAUUCCGAUUUAAUGGCUGACUUAAGCGCUUCCAUCAAUGUUCUUAAUGUGAUGGCCAGUGCAUCAGAAAAGUUUGCCUUGCAAGAGGAUGUCUUGCCGGAUUUUGUUAAUGCAGCAAGCAAUAUGUUGAACGCGAACUGGAGGAAUAUCAGUAAAUCUACUGUUCAGCAAAUGUCAGCAAAUUACCUGCAGUCUGUGGAGGGUCUUGUGAAGAAUAUCAAGGUUAACAAAACGAAUGAAUUAAAAAGUGAUAAUUUAGAUCUACAAUUCUGCCCAGGUAAUGACUGUAAUGUGUCUGUGUUUGACGUCAACGUAAGUCUAAACAAGACCAACGGCAUAAUGAAAACUGUUGCUGUGAAAAAUCUAAUGGAGAAAUUAAAUAACAACUUUGCUAAAACAGAAGCUAUCAGCCUCCUUCUAUCAGCCACACUGGAAGACAACAAUGAUUCAUCCUUAAGAAUUGAACUAGAGUUCCCCAACCAGCACAAUGACAGAAAACCUCGCUGUGUCUUCUGGAACAACACUGAGCACGAAUGGUCAGUUGCCGGAUGUUUUUUUACCAACGGAACUGAUGUAAACCACACAGUCUGCGUGUGCAACCACCUGACUUCAUUUUCUGUCCUCAUGGCCAAGGGCGAUGUAUCUACAGAUGUUCUGGAUAUCAUUACCAAUGUGGGCCUUGGUGUGUCCAUCUGCUCCUUGUUGAUCUUCCUCAUCAUUGAGUCUCUAGUGUGGUCAGCUGUGGUCAAGACCAACCUUUCACAUUUCCGUCACACAGCCAUAGUGAACAUUUCCAUAUUUCGCUUGCUUGCUGACUGCAGUUUCCUGGCGUCCAGCAAUCCUGAGAAGAUCAGUGACACCUGGUGCCUAGUUCUUACAGUAUGCAAACACCUGUUUUACUUGGCUAUGUUCAGCUGGAUGAUGUGCCUGAGUGUCAUGCUCGUCCACCAGCUCAUCUUCGUCUUCAGCCCGCUGAGGAAAAGAGUCUUCAUGUUCUUCUCCAGCAUCGUAGGCUAUGUUUGCCCAAUCUUAAUUGUGGGAUCCAGCUAUGUGUACUGCAAAUACACCGACAAGCCCUACUAUACAAAGGAGAAAGGCUGCUGGCUAGUUUAUGAAAAACUCUUGGAGGGUUCCAUACAUGCUUUCCUCCUCCCUGUGGGAACUGUUAUUUUGACAAAUCUCUUUUCCAUGGUGGUCGUCAUUUUUACUUUAAUGAAGUCCUCAGCCCCUGAGGGCAGCAAGACAGAUGACAAGGAGACAGUCAAAAGCAUUCUUAAAGUGGUGGUCUUUCUAACGCCUGUUUUUGGAGUAACAUGGAUCAUUGGCUUUGCUCAGCUCCUACUGGAUGACACCAAUUCCAUGUAUGAAGUUGUUCUCUACAGUUUCACCAUCCUCAAUUCCUUCCAGGGCCUUUUCAUUUUGAUAACAGGAUGUUUUGCGGAGCAGAAGGUACGAGAGGAAGUGAUAAAGCUCAUAAUGGCAAAAUCAAUAGGAAAAAGUGAGAGCAUGAAGAAUUUGACUGCAACCACAUACACGAAAGAAAAAUGAAGACCCAGAUUGGGGAGACGGAAACAGCAACUCAACAGCAACUUACAUGUAUGCAGCUCCACUUGUAGCCUACAACUGUUAGAGUCAACCUGAUCUCACAGAAAUACUUGAAAUGACCACGACCUCUUA